CGUUUUCUCAGAAAUGUAGGGUUGUGUACCUUUACAGAAAAUGGCUGAACUGCUGCAAAAUUUGUACCAAGAAUAUAAAAAUGCUAUUAGUAAUAACUAUACUGCAAUUGCUCAGUUUGAAUCAGCUUUCAGACUAGUAUCAUAUGCUAUAGCAGGUAGAUUUGAAGAUUCAACUAUACUGUCUGAGCUGUUAUACUCUGCAUCCAAUCUCUUGGUCUUAUUCAAUGAUGCUAUUAUCAAGAAAGCUUCUGGCAUUCUACCUAAAGUUUCCACUUCCCAAGAGCGCCUGCAGAGCCUUGUUACAAUAUUAGAGUAUGUUGGUGUUUUUAUUGAAAUUACUGCUCAGAGAUUAUACGGGGAUGUUGGCAAGUGGUUUGCUAUAACAGUGUUACAGAUUGCCAAGUGUGUUUGUCGAUUACUUUUGUUUGCUAAACACAAUGUUGGAAUACAAGCUGUGCCGCCUAUAUCUCCUAUCGACAGAGAAGCUGUUUUAAAGCAGGCUGUAGCACAUAAACAGAAAUUACAGACAGUAGAUAAAUUACCAUCAGAGCAGACGACCUGUGUUGUUCCAGAAGUCACAUUCCAGUUAAAAAGAUCAGGCAAAGUCAUGAGAUCAUUAUCAACGACACCACCAAUGAAACUUCGUGAUUGGAAACUUCCAUCCCAGAAGCCAGUGCUCAAAAGUAUCUCUGGGGAUGGCAAGCCCAGCAAGCUGUCUCGAGCUCAGAUGUGGGGUGAAGGUCUUUACAUCGUGAAGCCACUCAUUCACUUAGCAAGUUUGUAUUGCUGUGGUUCAUCUUCCUAUAAGCCCUGGCUGUUAUCAUCAGGUCUUGAUGUUACUAGUCUGUAUUUAAUUGGUGACACCAAAGAGUUGAACUAUCAGGAGCAGGCAGAAUUAAGAAAAAGAGCUCUGAUGUUGGCCAUGUAUUUGUUACGAUCACCUUUUUACGAUCGAUAUUCCAAGCAAAAAGUGUUGGGUUUGCUGAGAGGAUUGUCAAACACAAUACCUGGAGUUUCAUUAGUCUUAGGUCCACUCAUGGAUUACUUACCAGUUUGGCAAAAGAUUUAUUUCUACACCUGGUCGACAUAAUGUCAGUGACAAAUUUUUUAUUGGCAUUUUAAUUUGAUGAAAGAUUUUAUUUUUCUGGACUUUUUAUUUUAUCAUGAAACUUUAAUGUUUGAUCUGUGGAAUGGAUUACAAGAAUGAUUUAUACAGCCUAGACUUGCCCAGUGUUUAUCAUAUGUAUAAGCAGAGUCCUUUGCGUUUCUGAGCCAGGUAUCUAUAAUGAGUUCAAUGUUUACCCUGUGGCUAUCUUGUGUCCAAGACUUAACCCAUGCAUUUUAAAAUAUCCCCACUAGACAAGAUGCAUCUAAGACAUUCUCAAGGGCCAACCAUGUCCAGAAGUUUGUUUAGUCUCAGGUUUCAAGAUUUGCCUGAUGACCAAAGAUGGUAUUAAUCAUAGAUUUAGACUAUGAGAGAGAAACAUUUUUGUGAUAUACAGUAACAAGUAAAUAAGGUGAAAGCGCCAUUAGAAAUUUUUUUUUUUUUGUUGACAUCCUCAAAUCAAUAAUUUAAACCUUUUUUUUUUUUAAACUGUCUAUAGAUUAGAGCUUUAAAUUUGGAUUCUGAUCAUUGUUUAAGAAAAAAAAAAAACUCUUUUUCUUUGUGUGUGUUCUUUGUGAUAACAAACAUUCAUUCACUUUAUUACUCUUCUAUUCAUUUUAUCUUUCUUUCUUCAGUUUUAAUUUUGAGCUAGGCAUAAAUACAUUUAUUUCCAAUGUUUAAUUUUUAAAGAUAGUAACUGCAUUCAGUCAUAUGAGAUGGCUGGCUGGUCUUGUGAUAUGCACACUGUAUAAUCCACAAGUUUGAACAUUGCCAGCCACCAUACCCUGCUUUCCAGCUGGAGGUUUACACUAGGAUGUAAUAAUCUUCCAUCCAGAAGGAACAUCCGAAGCAUGUCAUAAAAACAAUUCUGAUGAGGGCAGGGAUUCUUUAUUUGGAAUUUCAUCAUGUCCCUGUGUCCACCAAGUAUCAAAGACAACUGAAAUUAGUUUAGGAAAGCAAAUGGUGCUGGUCAUGUGAUGCCAUGUUACCCAUUUCGUCACAAAAAAAAAUAACUCACUGCUAGUUUUCUGAAAGAGCGUAAAGUUUUAAAGAGUUAAACUGUGCUGAGGACUCAAACAAAAGCAUUAUUACAUAGAUUUAUAAACAAUAAUCUAUUUCAUUUAUGUAAAAUAAUGCAUCAAGAAAUCACAGUAACCACACAAUGGUCACAGUUAAUAGCUAUGUCCUGCAUUAGAAAAAUUUGUUCUUAUUUAAUUUUUUUUUUCAGUUUUUUUUUUUUUUUUUACUAAUUUGAUUUAAGGUGUUGGAUUUUUAUCAUCCUCGAUUAGGUUUAAAGUUUGAGCUGAUGAAUAUUAGAUUGUGUUUUGAAUAGACUAAAAUUGCAGUCAGCUGAAGAACGUUACUAAGAUAUUUUUCUAUCUAAUCUUGGAGAUUUAGGGGAUGUGUAGGUUCUCUUGCAUUUCAGUGAUAUGGGCUCACGAAAUUCACCAAAUUGUUAAAAUACUUUUUAAUGUUGUUUUUGAAUUAUGUCGAAUUUUUUUUUCUUCAGAAUUUUAUUUGAUUAUUAAGAAGUACCUGAUAAUUUGUUCUUAUACGAGAGCAUAAUCAACCUGAUAGUUUCUUUUUUAUUUACACAAAUUAGUAUGAGACUUAAGUUCAUAUCAGUCACAUAUAGACAUUGACUUAGCUUGAAGGAAACACCGUUAACUUUUUAUUUCUGACUUGGACCCCUAUGUCAUUCAUCACAGAUAAGGUUGGCUGCCUGAUGCAGUGUGAGUGCGGGACUGUCGUCAUGACUUGUCAAUGGUCCCAGGUUCAUACCCUGCCCGCUCCCAUCCCCUGUCAUCCUGCGGGAGGUUUGGACUAGGAAGUAAAUUAUCUUCAACUUUGAAGGAAAAUCUGAAACAUGUCAAACACAUUUUAAGCUUCUAGUUUCACUACAACUGUACCAUUCAAGAUGUCAUCCUCUUUGGCUCGUAGAUCAAAUGAACUUGAAUUACUUGGCUUGAUCCUUUCGACUCCCAGUUGAGGUUAGGGUCGCAACAGUACCCAGCUUUGGACUUGUGGGCAAUUCCCCUCAGUUAUCUUCAUGUCGAUCCUGCCAUCUUUCAUCAGUAGAUUUGUCGGCACACCAGCUUCCUUUGGGCUUUGAAUGGUGUGUGUCAUGAACUCUUCUUGAGAGGAAUCACCAAGGUCAAGGUCUUUUUGGAUUUCUGCUGUUGUGGUUUCUUAAGUGCUGUACGAUUUCAAAUGGUGAGGCUGCUAACCUCAUGUCCAACCUUCCUUCUUAACAUGGUCUGGGGACUCUUCUUAAGAGGAAUCACCAAGGUCAAAGUCUUUUUUGGAUAUCUGCUGUUGUGGUUUCUUAAGUGCUGUACGAUUUCAAAUGGUGAGGCUGCUAACAUCAUGCCCAACCCUCCCUCUUUCCAUGGUCUGGGGACAGUCAAGAUGCUCCCGCUAAGGUUGCCUCCUGGCGGAGUUAGAUCAGUUGACGCAUGAGCAAUAAAGUAUUUUUUUGUCCAGCGUGUCCAACAAUGAGAACUCUAUUUUUGGAUGUAAACACCUACAACUUCUAACAAUUAUUAUUUCAUUUGUUUCAAUCAGUGACAUACCCCGGUGUAUUUGAUGGCUUAAUUAUUUUUAGAUGAUCCAAUAGUAAAGAAAAAUGUUUAAAGACUUGUGAAUUAAUAAUUAUAGUUAAUAUAAUGACAUGUUUUUAUUAUUAAGAAUUAUUGUAGCAAAUGUUUUGUUCAAGCAUUUUGUACAUUUUUUGUUUACAUAUUGAUUUUGUUUACAUUUAUCAGUGUUUUUAUAACUUUAAGAUUCUAAAUGGUCCGUGUCCCUGGUUAUACAUUUUUACUUCACCUUUUCAUUCUGCUUUUAUUUUGGAAGGUGUUGCAGGGAGUUGUAGCAGACAAUCUCUUGCUGGGUGUCUGGUCUAGUGUAAGAGAAUUUUAAGUGCUGGUUUCAUUCCAUCACUUUAUUUCUUGACCUUUUACUUGCAUUGUAUCCCGAAGUAUAUGUCUUUUAAAUAGCCUGGCUUUUUAUUUUAUUGGAUGAGCAGAUCAGUUUGUCAAGUCAACCCAACAUGUCUAUACGUCUUAUCUGACCGUCACAAAUAUUUGGUUAAUAUUUUGUUGUAUCAAAUCUUGCUACAUUGUUCUAUCAUAUAUUGUUGAGAUGUAAUUAGGUCACACUCUGACAACUUUUUUGUUCCAGACAAUUUUUCUAAAAUAUAGCUCUGCUGCUGUAAGCCUUGGAAGUUGUUUACAUUUAGUUCAUUUGUGUCACCUGUUUAUUUGAUUUGAUGAUCUUGACGAUAUAAACUUGUGACAUAUGCAGGUUCGGAGGUGCCGGAACUAUGGUUCAAGCACUUUAAUAAUCAUUGAAGUAACAAAUUGUUGAUAUGCUUUUCUGGAGUUUUAAUUAUUUUUAAACUCAAACUUGAAAUAAUAAAUGUAUGUACAAAGACAUAUAAAGCAGAAACAGGAUUCAGUGAAAAUGAUCAAUAAAAUUAGUAACUAUUUACUUUGAAACUAGCGACUUCUAAGUCUAACUUUCUAGCUCUCUCUCUCUCUCGUGCCAAGCUGCUACUCCUUUUAUAUCUUUCCUUAGAAUAAAGAACCAUGACAUCUCAAUACCCAUCCUUGACCCGUUUACAUAUAUUUGACUUUUAAUUGUUUUUAAUUUAACCUUUGUUAAUUAUGUUUCCCUGCUGUAGCCUUGAACUAAGUUUUAAUCGGCGUCUUUCUGGCAUCUAAGCGUGGUAACACGUGACCUGAUUUGAGAUGGGUACACUGUCCUCAUUUUGUGAACAAUAAGGUGUCACUUGUCACAUGACAAUUUGCCAACUUGUUUGACUUAGAAAAAUAAAAUUAUUUCUUCUUGUUCACUAAUUAUUUUUUUCAAUCCAAUGUUAUAAGAUCUAUUUUUUUAUACCAAUAAUUAGUAUUUUAGAACACAAAGGCUGAUAUGGAAAUAAUACUAUAGAACACAAAGGCUGAUAUGGAAAUAAUUUUAUAGAACACAAAGGCUGAUAUGGAAAUAAUACUAUAGAACACAAAAGGCUGAUAUGUCUUCCUUAAAGAUGUAAACCUUACUUCAAUAUUGUUUUGAAACACCCAUAUUUUAACUCUGUAAAUAGUGCUAUAAACUACCAUGUACAUUUUCAGCACAACUUUCAUUUGUUGAUAUUCAAAUUUUAUGGAUACAAUCUAUUGUUGUUAUUCAGAUUAAACAUUUUGACCUGCA